AUGACUAUCAAAACCGUCGCGGUUGUAGGCGCAUCGGGUCUUUUAGGCGCUCGUGUCGUGAGCGCACUCCAGACAGCCAACUUUGACGUCACAGCCGUGACCCGUCAAAAGUCAAACGCGGUAUUUCCCUUUGACGCGGUGGUUCGCCGCGCUGAUCUGUCUUCCGUCGAGUCUCUGAGUGCCGCAUUCGCCGGUCAGGAUGCAGUUGUCUCGGCCGUUUCAAUAGUUGCAGCCGUCGUGCCUGGCGCGCAGAACCCCAUGAUUGACGCUGCCUUGGCAGCUGGGGUCAAGCGCUUUAUUCCAUCAGAGUAUGAUCUCAACACUAGGAAUCUUCAAGGAGAAAUACUGGGAGAUUGGCUUUUGCUCUUCGACUGGAGCCUCACGCGAGGAAUAUAUGGGUUCUCAUUCAAGGACAAGACUGCGACCAUCUUUGAUUCCGGCAACCAGAAGGUCUCGACAACCAGCUUGGCGUUUCUUGCCAAGAUCGUUGCUGCUGUCUUGCAGCACGAAGAGAAGACCGCCAAUCAGUACAUCGACGUGAUCGAGUCCACCGUCACACAGAAUCAGCUUCUCGAAAUCAUCGAGGCUGAGAUGGGCUCCAAGUUCACAGUCCGUCAUAUCUCAACCAACGAGGUGACACGAGAAAGUGGCAAGGGGUGA